AUGGUACAUACCAAGGGACCCGCCCCGCAGCACCACGACGGCAGUGGCCUGCGCAUCGGUAUCAUCCACGCCCGCUGGAACGACACCAUCAUUGAGCCUCUUCUCGCCGGAACCAAGGCCAAGUUGCUCGAGUGCGGCGUCAAGGAGUCCAACAUCGUGGUCCAGUCGGUUCCUGGUUCAUGGGAGCUUCCAAUUGCUGUCCAAAGACUCUACUCCGCCUCACAAGUCCAAUCUUCCUCGUCCGGCAGCGGCACAUCCGCCGGCGACCUCCUCGGCAGCUCCACGGCGGACCUCGCCUCGCUCUCCAACACCGCGUCGUCCGCCGUGUCGACACAGCCCUUCGACGCCCUGAUUGCCAUUGGCGUGCUGAUCAAGGGCGAGACGAUGCACUUCGAGUACAUUGCCGACACGGUGUCGCAGGGCCUGAUGCGCGUGUCGCUCGACACGGGCGUGCCCGUCAUCUUUGGUGUCCUGACCGUGCUCACCGAGGAGCAGGCGCAGGCGAGGGCCGGUCUCAUCCCGGGGAGCCAUAACCACGGCGAGGACUGGGGUCUCGCUGCUGUCGAGAUGGCUGUCAAGCGCAAGGAUUGGGCUAAUGGCAAGAUUGAGUAA